CCCCCUCGGCUGGUAGUUUCUUUUUCCCUUUUAUUUUUGCAAGGGCUCAGAUGCGCCGCGCAAACUGCAAGAGGGGUGGAUCCUUUUGCAAGCGGAGUAGGAAAUCCGCAUUGGGGAAAAGGGGAUCCUAAAAGAUCCAGGAAAUAUUAUUUUUUUAAAAAAUUGGGUGGGGGGAGAGAGAGGAAUCCAUUAACUCUUUGGGGCAGGGAGAAGUUUGGGUUUUGGAGCAGCGAUGUUUGCAGCUCCUGAGUUUUUCCUGAGCUUUCCCUUUUUGCAAAACGCGGCCCGGAUCUUAAAAAGCUGCAGAAAGAGGAAUCUCAGCCUGAAAUAAAAGGGAACUGAAGGUGGCAUACAUGUUGCUGGCUUCCCCUCUCCAUUUUAUCGCCACAACAACCCUGUGAGGGAACCGGGUGCCAUGGCGGACGACAACGGACUUUAUACGAAGAUCGCGGAAAACGUGAGCGAAAGCUUAGAGGCGGAUCCGCAGGGCGUCUCUGUGGAGUCAAGUACCUUGCUACAGAAACUGAGAGGAACUAUUUCGAAGUCUGUGCAGUGCAAAAUCGACUACAUACUGCAAGAUGUCCAGAGGUUCACUGACCAUGCCAAGCUUUAUCUUUACCUCCAACUCCCUUCCGGCCCAAGCUCAGGGGAAAAAAACCUGGACCUGACUUCUCUGAGCUCAGCUGAGCACAUGCAUGCUUGCACAUGGAUCCGGAAUCACCUGGAGGAAUACCCAGACACCUGCUUGCCAAAACAAGACGUUUUCGAUGCUUACAAGCGUUACUGCGAUAACCUUUGCAGCCGCUCUCUGAGCGCGGCCAACUUCGGCAAGAUCAUCAGGGAAAUCUUCCCGAACAUCAAAGCGAGGAGGCUGGGAGGUCGCGGGCAGUCAAAAUAUCCUUUUGUCGGGAUACGGAGGAAGACUGUGGUGAACAUGCCCCCUCUUCCCAGCCUGGAUCUGAAAGAGACGGAGUCGCCAGAGAGGCCAGAGGUGUUCCAGUCCUACAGCGACGAGGUGAUGGAAGCGGCCUGCGCCUUGACCUGCGACUGGGCCGAGAAGAUCCUCAAGCGCUCGUUCAACAACAUCGUGGAGGUGGCCCAGUUCCUCAUCCAGCAGCACAUCAUCAGCUCCCGCUCGCCCCACGUCGACCUCAUCAUGGCCAUGGUGGUCUCAGAAAUUACCGAGAACCACCGUGACAAACGGCCGCCCCAAACCAUGAAGAAAAAUGAGCCCGAAGGCGUGGAGAGUUCAGACAAUAAGCAGACCCAGGCCAAAGCGGAAAACGCCGCCAAGCCCUCGGCCGCAGCUCCGCGGAGCGAGGCCAAGAAGCCGCCGGACGCCCCAGCGAAGCCCGCCAGCAGCCCGCAGAUCAACGCCUUGGUGGCUCGGCUGCCGCUGCUGCUGCCCCGCGUCCAGGUCCAGCCCGGGGACCGGCUGGUGGUGUCUCCAGGGGUGGCGGCCAUGCACCCGGCCCCCGCCGUCCUGGCGCCCAAGCUGACUGCCUCGGGAGGGACGGUCAAGAUGGCUCUCUCCAUGGGGCCGGGGCCGUCCACUCUGGUGGCCCCCGCCAUGAACGGGCUGGCCGGCGUGGUCAGCCCUCCGGGCGCCGUGCCGGUCAUCAACAUGAUGCCGGUCAUCAACAUGGCACCGGUGCCGCCGGUGGCCGAGAUCCCGCUGAAGCACAAGAGCGCCCCUGCCGGUGGAGGGGUGAACGGCUGCGAGGCUCAGCGGAGCCCCCAGGACCCGCAGAGAGUCAAGCCCCCCGCUAAGCGGCCGGCGGAAGCACCCGGGGAGGCGACAGCAAAGAGGAAGCGGGGUCGGCCGCGCAAGAAGGCGGACCCCCCUUCGCCCGAGAAGAGAACCGCCAAGGAGGGAGCGCCCGGCGCCGAAGAGGACUCGGAUAUCAUCGUCGUGACUGUGGGUUACGGCGACCAGGCCGCCCGCCCGUCCUCCCGCUCCGCGUCUCGGGAAGAGAGCACGGAAGUGGAGGUGGUCCACGUCGGGAAGCCCAAGAGCCCGUUCCCCCAGGAGACGAGCGAAGAGGGCCCUUCCCGGGCCGGCAGCCUCAUUGUCAGCCCUGUCCCCAAAGCCGCUGUGCUGCCCACCCAGGUAAGCGUCAUCAGGGGCCGGAGGUCCGCCAUGCCUGUUGUUGUGGAAGAGACAGGAAGUGACUGGAAGGAGACAGGAAGUGGCUCCAAAGAGACAGGAAGUGACUGGAAGGAGACAGGAAGUGGCUCCAAAGAGACAGGAAGUGGCUCCAAAGAGACAGGAAGUGGCUCGAGGGAGCCCCCGCAGUUGGCUGAAGGCGCAGCAGCGCCGAGGAUUGGUACCAGAAUCACCGUCGCGAGGGACUGGGAGGACCCGGAGAGCGAGAGCUCCUCAGAAGGUGAACUCCAACCCACCGAUCUUUCCAUGCGCAAAGUUGCCCCGCCACCCUCCAGGGGUCGCUUGGAGGCCUGCGGCUUGCGGCCCUCGUCUGUAAACUUGCACAGGGUCAGUGCGGACCAGGGGAAGGCAGCAGAGACGGCGAGUCCGCCAGGGACAUCGGCGCAGGCCCCCAGCCGAUAACAUCACCCCACCCCUGCUCUGGGGUGCGUCUCCCAAUGCCAAGCUCUCCCAUGCAAAGGCACCCUGGUUCUGCUUGCUUUUACUAAUUUAAUGCACGCGUGUACGGGGGGAAAUACACGGCGAUGUGAGCUUGCAAAAGCGACUUUCCGUCAUGCCUCUUCCUUGGCCGCCUUGCAAGGCUAUGUGGCUGAGAAGUUGCCUGACCUGGGCUCUGGCGCCACCUACUGUUCAGCUCCCUGCUUCCUGGCCCACCAGCUGCCACCGCACACCCAAAUCCUUUUCUCGAAAGCCCAUGUGGCCUACCGUGCUCUGAUAAGGGGAGUGAAAAUGUCGAGAAUGGAAAGGUUCUUGGGGAGGUCAUUUAGGCAGGCCACAUAUGGGAAUGGGGGCGUAUUUAUGGGACACCCCCCCCCACCGAUCUCUCCCCAUUGCUCUCCUUGGGACUUCAAAGGGCUGGGCAGGGAGAGGAGAAUUCUCUCCCAUUUGGAAUCUCUGCACAAAUCUUUCUCAGUCCAAAAGGGGACGAAAUAGUGUUGCGAUCUGAGUGCGGAUCCUGACCCUGAAACACCCUCCCCCCCCCAAAAAAAAACCCCUUCUACUCUGAACUUUAGAGACAAUCACCUUGCAGCCAACAUCCCAAAGAGUUUUGUUGUUCUCCCUCUCCGUUUCCAGCUCAGGGGCUUGAGGACAUUGGUGGGGCAAGGGGGGUGUCCCCCAGGUGUUGCUGGACUCCCAGCAGCCAGCAGGCCUAAUGGUCAGGGAGAGCAGGAGUCGUAGCCUGGCCACAGACCAAUGGCGCCCUCAUACCCCCUAGUUUUUCUCCCGGGGAGUUCACUGACCUGGGGGCAGUUUAAAAAAAGUUAAUACCCGUAUUUGCUCCUUUAUUUGUUACUUGUGUGAGUUGUUACUCGCCUCUUCUAAGUACUCCUUUCCCGUCUCUUGUUUCCAUUAUAAAUACCGAAGAAACCAUAUGCACAUUAAUUUUUUAAAAUAAAAAUAAAAAUGGUUGUA